UCUUUCCCAGGCGGUAGCGGGGGCGGUGUCGCUGUUGCCCUUUUAAGCCGCGGGGCCGCGGUCUCCUGCCGGCGGAGUCAGUUACAAAGAGAGCAGCCGCCCGCCGAGGCCUCGGUGCCCCUAGCCAUUUUUCAGCCGCGAUCCGACGCGGGCCUCGGCGGCGGGGAGAGGCGGAGCCGCGAGAGUGCGGCCCCAGGCCGGCCCUGUGGGGCGGUAGCGGCCGUGACGGCGGCUCUGGGCCCGGCUCCCCUUUCGCACCCCUCCUGCCGGAGAUGAGGGGAAGAUGUCCGUGUCAGGGCUCAAGGCCGAGUUGAAGUUCCUGGCGUCCAUCUUCGACAAGAACCACGAGCGAUUCCGCAUCGUCAGCUGGAAGCUGGACGAGCUGCAUUGCCAGUUCCUGCUGCCGCCUCCGGCACCGCCGAGCAGCCCGCACUCGCCGCCGCCGCUCACACUCCACUGCAACAUCACGGAAUCUUACCCAUCUUCUUCACCAAUAUGGUUUGUGGACUCUGAUGACCCAAAUCUGACAUCAGUGCUGGAACGUCUAGAAGAUACUAAGAGCAACAAUUCGCUUCGUCAGCAAUUGAAGUGGUUGAUAUGUGAACUCUGCAGAUUAUAUAACCUUCCUAAGCACCUGGAUGUUGAGAUGCUAGAUCAACCAAUACCCACGGGUCAGAAUGGGACCACAGAAGAAGUGACUUCAGAAGAGGAGGAAGAGGAAGAGAUGGCUGAAGAUAUAGAAGACUUGGAUCACUAUGAGAUGAAGGAAGAAGAGCCUGUUAGUGGAAAAAAAUCAGAGGAUGAAGGAAUUGAAAAAGAAAACUUGGCAAUACUAGAGAAAAUUAGGAAGACUCAAAGGCAAGACCAUCUCAAUGUAA